CCCGUCGCGCACGACACCACGCCACAAAGCGAGGGGCGGACCCGGAGCAAAAAAGACCACCAAAAGCAGGCGUCCUCCGUCCCUCUGUCCUCGCCGUCCCCAACCUCUCGCUGCAAAAGGUGUGGAAACCUUCGCCCCCCUCCCCCCCGCCCAGCCUCUUUCGCGUGAUUCUCCCUGCCCGGUCGCAGAUCGGCGCGGGUUGCUUGUCAUGGCAUCAAAGCGCAUCCUCAAGGAACUCAAGGACCUGCAGAAGGACCCGCCCACAUCAUGCAGUGCAGGUCCUGCUGGUGAGGACAUGUUUCAUUGGCAAGCAACAAUUAUGGGACCCCCUGACAGUCCCUAUGCCGGCGGUGUUUUCUUAGUGAACAUUCAUUUCCCUCCGGAUUACCCCUUCAAGCCACCAAAGGUAUCUUUUAAGACAAAGGUCUUCCAUCCUAAUAUCAACAGCAAUGGAAGCAUAUGCCUUGAUAUUCUUAAGGAGCAGUGGAGCCCUGCUUUGACGAUCUCCAAGGUCUUGCUCUCUAUCUGCUCCCUGCUGACCGAUCCCAACCCGGAUGAUCCCCUUGUUCCCGAGAUUGCCCACAUGUACAAGACGGACCGGUCAAAGUACGAGACGACAGCCCGCAGCUGGACGCAGAAGUACGCCAUGGGUUGAAGAAGACCUGCAUCGUGGACAACUGAAAUGUCGCUUCAAGAAAAAUAUUUAUGGGCCAUUGUUUCUUCGAUUUGUUGCUGGUUGUGUGUAAUCCGAUCCUCAAGGAUUGUAAAUUGCAUUCGGCGUCGGCCCUAUCAUCAAUUGCCACUAGUAUCGGCAGACAUGCAUGCCUAUCAGCCUAUUCACCUAUGCUUGUUGGGUUAACCUUCAUCGGUGUUGGUGUUAUUUGGUAAAUGUUCAUUAAAACAUGUUUGCUUCAUGACCUUGUCCAGAUUUA